AGUACGUGGCGAAGGAGGGUUGCAUAGUGUGUAUUUCAAAGAGCACAUCAAGUGGGUCAGUGUCAGAACUCUCCCAUUUAUGACAAGGCUCUAUCCCACCCACCUUGGCUAGCGUAUGUUUGCUGUGUAAACCUGAGUGUAUAAAUGGGAGGGACAGGAUAGCAUCUGUAAUGCUGCGCCGGUUGCGGGUGUCUCUCCGGCAGGUGGUGAAUCAGAUGGCCCGGAGACCCGAUCUUCUGUGUGGAGCCAUAGUGCUGAGUUGCCUCCUUAUCCUCGCAGUCAAAUUAACCUGCAGCCGUGCGAAGAAUGUGGUUGCCCCAGCGCGGCCUCCCGUCCGCUUCUUCUCCAGUGAUGCACCAGUGGUGGACCUCUUCCUGGGGCAGCUGGAGCAGGUGGACAGACUGCGCAGCAUGGCCGAGGUCUCCCUCAUCUUCUUCUAUGCUCCAUGGUGUGCCCACUCCAUCACUGCAAGAGAGGAGGUGCAACACGUUGCCAGGAGGUUGUCCAGAGAGGUGCAGUUCAUUGCAAUCAACUGCUGGUGGCACCAUGGAAAAUGCAGGAAACAGCAGAACUUCUAUCAGUACCCAGUUAUACACCUGUUCUACAGAAGAUUUGGUCCAAUUGAUUACAAGGGGCCCCUCACGGCAGCAUACCUGGAGAGGUUUAUCCAAAGGGUCAUCACCCCACUUACUUACCUUCCAUCUCGAGCCACACUACAAGACUUCCUUUCAUAUCAUGAGCCAGGAGUAGUGGGCUAUUUUGAAUUCAAUGCUUCACCACAACCUCCUGGAUAUCUGAUAUUCCUCUCUUCAGCUCUCCAGGCCCUGAAGAGGGAUUACCGAGGAAGCAUGCGAUUCGCAGUGAUAACGAGUAAGCAGGUGGCAGAGGCAAUAUCAGUGUUUGAAGAUGAGACGAUCUACAUGCACCGACGCUUCAACACGUCUCUGAUUUUCCCGCGGGCGGAGAGGAACUUCACAUCAGAGAACAUCUGCAGCUGGGCAUAUGAGCACCGGGAGAGCGUGAUGCACUGGCUGCAGCCCCAUGGGGCCAAGAGUCAGCUGCUGGAGCACGAGCUGACCAAGGGCCCUGCACUGCUCCUCUUCCUGCCUUUUGACCCCUUGUCUCCCAGUCAGCCCCUCCUCAAGCAGAUAGCAGACAUCGCUCUGCAGUACCACAGCUGCAAUGAGACCCGGUGGUGGGAGCGGCCUACUUACUGGGAUGGCACCUGGCAGCCGAGCAGAAGGCUGCCCCUUGCCAGCACCCCCUGCUGCAACACAGUGGUCCUGCCCCGCUUGGACUACUCCUCCCGCACGCACAACGUGUGCGAGCUGUGCCUCAACCAGUCUGCGGGUGUGCGGCCCAGUGCCGUCCAGUCUCCGCGCUGCACCUUCCUGGAGAUGGAGGCCGCUCUGGACUCCUUCUACCUCAAACAGCACACCUUCACCCAGCUGCUGGCCCACAGCACGGCCUGCAGCAACGUCGUCAACACCUACAGCCCUUUCAGCCACUUCAGCGCCUGCUGCAAGACCCUCAGGCCCAGCUUCCCCUCCCCUGCACCCCCUCUGGAGGCCUUCCCUCAGGCCCCCGGCCCCCAGGUUGCCAACAUCACGGGGCUAAAGUGCAGGACUAAUAAGACCUUGAGGUUCUACCUUCUGGACUCGCACCUGCAUUGGACAUUUGCGGCGAGGCUGGGAGCACAAGGCAGCGCCCACCAUGAACUGUUCGCCACUAUAGUGAAUCUCCCGGAUGAAGUCCACUAUGUCCUGGACCAUAGAGAAGGUCUAAAAGAUAGAUUAGAGCACUUCAUCUGGAACUACAGCGUUCCAUACAGUCCACUGAAGAGGCAUCUGGUUGGUGACUCUGUGCCAAAGUCCCCGGACUCCUUAAUCAAAGAAGUGACGACAGCCUCCUUCCUCAGCACAGUCAUGGACCCUGAGAAGGAUGUCCUGCUGUUCUACUACACACAGUGGUGUGGGUUUUGCACAGUCCUCAACCACAUCAUCAUCCAGCUUGCUCGGCUCUUCCAAGGGAAUAGCAAGUUCACUGUCGCCAGGGUUAAUACUGCCCGAAAUGACCUUCCAUGGGAAUUCAUGGUGGACCACUUCCCUGCUCUUCUUUUCUUUCCUAGGGAGAGGAAGCACUUGAGUGUGAAGUUCCCGGAAGACCUUCCCAUCACCCUGCCCAACCUGGUGCGCUUCAUCCUGCAGCACUCCAGCAUCCUGCGACGGGACGGGACGCGGGCGGGGCUGCUGGAGGAGGAGCUGCGGCGGAUGCAGGUGGAGGUGCGGGCGCUGCAGCAUGCCCGGGAGCAGCUGUCCCAGCAGCUCUCCCAGCUGUGGCAGGAGAAGCGCAGGCUGUCCCUCCACACGCAGACGCUGGAGUCCCGCAACGCAGAGCUGCAGCAACAGGGCCGGCGGCUAGAGCUGCUCUACCAGGAGAAGCACCAGCAGCUGCUGGACACGGUCAGCAAGCUGCAGGCCCUGGCCGAUGCCUCAGAGAAUCUCCUUGCAGAGAACACCCUGCUCAAAGUCCUGCUGGCCUCCGUCAAGGAGAAGGCCCAUCCGGAGCCCAGCGCAGGGCAGGAGUUCACGGGGGAAGGCACUACAGAAGACCUGAAGAGUCACGGCCACUCCUGAGGCCAUCCAACACUGGAUACACUGACUUUUUUCAAAAUGGGCCUUUGACACCCAAGAUGUACAUUUAGCAAGAAUUUUGUUGUGUUUUUGUUUUG